AUGCCGAGGUACAAGGUGAACUUAACGUUAAUACCUGAUGAAACAUCAAGGAGAGCAGCAUUGAAGAAGAGGAAAGCAGCCGGAGGUUUGUUCGUCAAGGGAAGGCGUGGAAGAGGUGGUUUUGAAGUUUAUGGAGUUGAGGAUGCUAGGCCGAAGCAAGAGGAUGAUGGAUCAAAAGGAUUAUCUGUUGCAUAG